AUGGAUAGUCUAAUAUGGAAUUGUAGGGGAGCUGGUAAAAGAAACUUUGCCAGCCUCAUAAAUGAUUACACAAGGAUAUACAAUCUGAAGUUCUUGGCUAUCUUAGAGCCUAGAAUUAGUGGAAAUAGAGCUGAUGCUGUUCUAAAUAAAUUUAAUUUUGAUGGUGUUGUUAAACUUGAUCCUAUUGGAUUUUCAGGAGGUAUUUGGUGUUGCUGGAACAGUGCUGCAGUCUCUAUCACUGUUGUGGCUGUCAAAAGCCAAUGCAUCCAUCUCCACAUCAACCCAAAAGUCCAAGGGGGAUGGUUUCUAACCAUAGUCUAUGCAAACCCCCAAGAGAGAAUGAGACAGAUUCUUUGGGAGGAACUCACCACUGCUAGCAACCUUUUCCAGGGAGCCUGGUGUGUGACAGGGGAUUUCAACUCCAUCUUAUUUGAUAUAGAGAAGACUGGAGGAGCCCCUAUGAAUAGAGCUUCUGCUACCAGAUUCCAAAACUACCUGAACACUUACAGCUUGGAAGACAUUGGAGCUAAAGGGACACCUUUCACUUGGCAAAGAGGUACCCUCAGAGAGAGAUUAGACAAACUGGUUGCAAACUCUUCCUGGAGGAACCGAUUCCCAGAGGCUUCUGUCACAAAUAUCCCUCUCCCCUUCUCUGACCAUUGUGGCCUCUGGGUCAGAAUGAGCCUUGACCUCAGGAAGCCCAAACCCUUUAAAUUCCUGGUUUCAUGGCUGGAGCACCCAAAUUUCUUACAGCAAGUUGGGAAUCACUGGCAAGAAUCAGAGACAUGGAGCAAUAAUGUUGACAAAUGCACUGAACAUCUAAAGCAGUGGAACAAAACUGUCUUUGGCAAUAUCUUUAGCAACAAGAAAAGAAUUCUUGCAAGACUUGAUGGAAUUGAGAAGCAAUUAACCCUUAUUUACAAAAAAUCAGGAAGAGUCUUUGGAAAGAUUAUGAUGACAUUCUCAGGAGGGAAGAGAUUUAUUGGGCACAGCAAGCAAAAACCAAGUGGUUGA